CACACACCUAUACAACUGUGGUUCCCAGAGUGCAGUGCGUCGGUGCUGUAUGAUGUCUGACGAAUUAGUUGGUGUUGCUAUGCAACGAGUCAACAGUAACACACGGGGGCAGUAGGCAGACAUGUCGUCCAAUUACUCAGCAAAUCAGUAUGAGAGCUCCUUCAGGACACACAGGCACAACAACUGGUGUGAGACUAAACACUUCAAACAGAGACCCCAAGCAAAGACUGGUAACACCACUAUAAUUGCCAAUGACAGAGGACACCUGCUCCCCGGAGUAGUUAAGAGAGGCAGUGCAUGGCCAGACUUUAAGGGGACCUGGGAUCUUCCUUCUCGUAUCCCAGCCUGCCACAUCAACCCUACAGGCCGCUCUGUGGAGGGCCUCAGCAGGCUCAAGUCCUGGGGCUUCUACCCACAGAACACAGGAAGAUCUCAGCCACACAGCUGCAGCAAGAAGUCAGAAAGGCUGCAGGAUGUUAGCAAGCAGACCAACAGGGACGUGCAGCAGGACUGUGUCGCCCCAGCCUCCACAGCCGAGGCCUGUCCAGCAUCUCAGAACUGCCCCGUCGCUGGAGGUGAGUCAACCACUGACCAAAACCAGGACUCGCAGGCAGCAGUUGUUGGAUCCGUCUUUCAGUCCGAUGAAGACAAACAAACUGCUCAGGCUGCCAGGAGUGAGAGGCCGGUGAGCCAGUGCUCUGCAGUUGAAGAGAUGCCAGGUGCUGGAGAGGGAACCGUCAGCCAACCCCAAACUGGCAGAGGGAGACCAGUGAGCAACGUGUGAGAGAGGGCAGCCAGCCCAGGAACAGCAGCAUCCUCCACCUUCAAAAAGAAAUGCCUCUAGACUUCACCGGCUUUGACUUAUUUUAGCAUGGCUCCUUAAUUGUUUCCAGCAUUAAAAGGUCAAUAUAUGAUCAUAUAUAAAAAGCUUCUUUUAAAAUAUUUUAUGGAUCUAUGACACUUUGACACUGCCGAUACACACACAUCUCCUCCCUCCUCUUUCUCUGUGACUUCUACCUCUGCUGUGGUUACUGUUUCUAUCAAUUGUUCUGUGAGCUGACAGGAGUAACAACUUCCAGCGCCAUUAAACAUUGCAAAAAGA